AUGGAGGCAAGCAGAUCAGAAAUUUCUGCAGCUGAAGACAGCGAGGAAGUAACAUAUACUUCUGUCAAAUUCUCUCAGACUCCUCCACCAAGGGCCAAAGCUCCACAGGAAAAAAGAGCUCCCUGUCUGUCAUCAGCAGUUCUGAAGGGCUUGGCUAUAGGGUUUGGGACACUGAGCAUCUCCCUAGCAGUUGCUUUGAUUUGGAAGAUGAGUGACUGCCACCCACACUGCCCUCAACAGUGGGUGGCCUACAGAGGGAGCUGCUACUCCUUUUCUACGGAGAAAAAGGACUGGAAUUCCAGCCAGGAAUCCUGCAGGGCACAGGGAGCUCACCUCCUGGUCAUCAGUGAUACCUGGGAGAUGGAUCUGUUCAAACGUAUUCAAGCAGAAUGUUUCUGGAUUGGACUGAGGAACAGUACAAGCUCUGGAUGGAUUUGGGAGGACGGCUCUAUAUUCAGUGUUGCCAAGGUCCACUCUAACAGCCCUGUGCAAAAUUGUGCUGUCCUGAUGAAAGAUCAGUUUCAUGCCUCCAGCUGUGAAGUUUGGGCUCCAUGGAUCUGUGAGAAAACACUUAGAUAA